CGAGUGUUUCUUGAUUUCCACUUCUUCAUAAAACCAGAAUCCGAAAGCACCCUUUCAACUACUUAUUACCCUCUCUGCAUCUUCAACUCUUUUUGGAUUUAAACUUAAAUGACAUGACAUGGCAGAGAAUAACACAAGAAGAAGAAGAUGAAGCUCCAAAGUUACAACCACAACAACCACGGUGCCAACAAAACCACUUCCUUCUACAAAUGGCUCCUCUGCCUCUCUCUUUCUCUCUACUUCUCCACCUCCUACCUCAUCACCACUUCACCACCACCACCAUCACCAUCACAACCACCACACAACUCAAAACCCUCCCCCCAGAGAACUCUCUUUGAAACUCCAUGGUCGAAUCUGAGGAUGUUUGUUUAUGAUCUUCCUUCAAACUUCAACACAGAUUGGUUGACGAACCAGAGGUGCAGCACGCACUUGUUUGCAUCCGAGGUUGCAAUCCACCGUGCCUUGUUGACCAGCCACGUCAGAACCUUUGACCCUUACGACGCUGACUUCUUCUUCGUCCCCGUCUACGUUUCCUGCAACUUCAGCACCGUUAAUGGUUUCCCCGCCAUAGGCCACGCCCGCUCCCUUAUCUCCUCCGCCGUCAAACUCAUCUCCGAUCGCUUCCCUUUCUGGAACCGCAGCCAUGGGCGUGACCAUGUCUUCGUCGCUUCCCACGAUUUCGGCUCCUGCUUCCACACCCUCGAGGACGUGGCGAUUGCGGAUGGCGUGCCGGAGAUAAUGAGGAACUCGAUCGUGUUGCAGACGUUUGGCGUGACAUAUAAGCACCCGUGUCAGGAGGUUGAGAACGUCGUCAUACCGCCGUACGUGUCGCCGGAGAGUUUACGGACCACCGUCGACAAGCUCCCGGCGAAUUGGCAGCGAGAUAUUUGGGUCUUCUUCCGCGGCAAAAUGGAGGUCCAUCCUAAGAAUGUUAGCGGAAGAUAUUACAGCAAGAAAGUGCGAACGAUGAUAUGGCGAAAGUUCAGCGGUGACCGGAGGUUUUACCUUCAGAGGCAUAGAUUUGCCGGUUACCAGUCAGAAAUCGCGCGUUCGGUUUUCUGUUUAUGUCCGUUGGGGUGGGCCCCAUGGAGUCCAAGACUGGUUGAGUCCGUUGCCUUGGGCUGCGUGCCGGUCAUCAUAGCCGACGGCAUCCGAUUACCGUUCUCAUCCACCGUGAGGUGGCCGGAGAUAUCGCUGAAGGUGGCGGAGCGCGACGUAGGGAAACUGGCGGAGAUACUUGAGCACGUGGCGGCGACGAACCUCAGCGAUAUUCAGAGGAACCUUGGGGACCCGAUGACUAAGAAGGCACUUUUAUUCAACGAGAGGGUCCAUGAAGGCGAUGCCACGUGGCAGGUUUUGCGUUCAUUGAGUGAGAAGCUUGAUAGGUCCCUAAGAAGCUCCAGAGUUUCCCGCCAAUUAGAUUUUGCCACGUAGUGGGUCAAGAUUUUGGGUGCCAAAGUUUUCUUUCCACACACGCACAUGCGGCACACCGUGGAUUUUUCCAACGCGGCAUACACACUCUUCUUUAUUCAAAACUGAAAACAACAAUAAUAAUAAUAAUAAAUAAUUAACCAUGUAUUUUAGGCAUAGUUCUGUUUUGUAUAAUCAUUUUUUGAUGUAAAUAGGAAGAGGAUAUAUACAAUACAAUUAAUUAAUUUGAGUUUUGUGAUUA